AUGCCUCCUAAACAGGCCCCUCCCCCGGUUAAACCCCCUCCCAGUCGGAAAGGCACAGUUAUAAAGCCGCGCGAACAGACGAAAUCUCGUGUCAUUCCGCCUUCCACAUCCUCCAAGCCUCCGUAUCCCGCAUAUGACGCCCCUUCAGCAGAGACGCAUAUAAAAAUCAACCUCCAGAACCAAAAAUUCGAUGUCGUGGAGUACACGAAAAUACUCGAAGACCGAUCCAACACCGCUUCCUCCCCCUCCUCGUCGUCUUCUCCAACUUCCACUGCCUCUUCAUUCUCAUCUAAAAAUGGGAAAUCCUUCACCCCAUCAUCGGAUCUCUCCCAGACAACAUCCACAGGUUCAUCUGUUUCUACAAAUCUGUCCAGCUUUUUCCGCUCCUCCAGAUUCCGUCGGGUCGCUCUCCGCUAUGGAGGAUACGGCGUAAUCGCGGUGGGCGGCCUUCUUCUUCUCUCAGACCACCUCGUACAGGUGAUGUGGGUGAACGGCCCGUCAAUGACACCCUGCUUGAAUGAAGGCUAUGGAGAGACAAAUCUUGUCAAAGACAUGAUAUUAGUGAAGAAGUGGGAACCGACGCGGAAUCUUAAAAGGGGGAUGGUUGUUACAUUCCCCUCCCACCUCAAUCCCUCCAAAACCACCGUUAAACGCAUAAUAGCUUUGCCGGGUGACCGGGUGACCCCACGCCAUCAAUCUGGGGGCAGCGCGCAAAUCGUCCCCUGGAACCACGUUUGGGUGGAAGGCGAUGCAUCCGAUGCAAAGAAGACGAUGGACAGCAAUACGUACGGGCCUGUGUCGAUGAGUCUAAUCUCAGGACGGGUGAUGUGUGUGCUGUGGCCGCGAAUGAGGAUGUUGAGGUGGGAUGAUUGGGCAAGAGAGGGGACGGGGGCUGCCGCGAAGAGGUUGAGAGUUGAGGAGGACGCGGUAAAAAUUGAGAAGCCGUAUAUUGGAGCAUAGAAUGGUCGCAUGACCUAUUUUCUUUUUUCAAUUCGGUUAGUGUAUUUUUAUAUCAUACCAAUUUCAUCUGUAUUUGUAUAUUGCUGUUAUGGAGGGAGUCUGUUACGCCGGAAAUUGGUUCAGGGUUUGGGAUAUGUAUAUAAUUAUUUCUCUACGGAUCUGUUAUGAUACCAUUGGCACAUGUAACUAGUGUACAUUUUAUAUAUAUAACGCAUAU